GAGAACACCGGCUAUUAAGACAUGAAGGCGGACUGGUACAAGGUUCAUUCCCGAUUCGUUAUCUUGCACGUAAGCACUUACAUUGUUGCUCUAUACGAACAGUGAUCCGUAGACAUCAGGGUUUUCGCGGGACGGGCAACGUGUUGACCCGUAUGGAGAAGCAAGAAUCGUAACGCUGACCAGACCAACCGUCCCCAAAGACGGUUCGUGUACUACCUCUACCCCCAGCUUCGCCCUUAUAAGCCAGACACUCGCUCAGUUUCGCUUUUGAGCAGAAUGGGCCACGUUCAAGUUCCUUACCAACCUUCACUCCCCAUCCAUUCACUACAAGGCCACUCCAGUCCCGCCACGUUCCGAUCUCUUCUCAACGUCACGCAACUACCUUCAGCCGAACAAUCGAUAAUGAAGCUCCUCAAGAUCCUCGUACUCGCUGUUGCCAGCAUGGCCAUGUUUACUGAGACCCUCGCUCUUCCCCAGCCUGCACCUCACCCUUCGCCUGCUCCCAAGGCGCCGAAGAAGCAUGAGAAUAAGGGUGGGAAGCACGGUUGGGAUUCCAAGCACGGUGGGGAUUCCAAGCACGGUUGGGAUUCCAAGCACGGUGGGGAUUCCAAGCACGGUUGGGAUUCCAAGCACGGUGGGGAUUCCAAGCACGGUUGGGAUUCCAAGCACGGUGGGGAUUCCAAGCACGGUGGGGAUUCCAAGCACGGUGGGGAUUCCAAGCACGCACGUGGGAUUCCAAGCACGUGGGAUUCCAAGCACGGUGGGGAUUCCAAGCACGGUGGGGAUUCCAAGCACGGUGGGGAUUCCAAGCACGGUGGGGAUUCCAAGCACUGGAAGCGUGAUGCAGAGGCCGAGCGUGAGACGUUGAACAAGCGCGGAGGGUUCACCUUCCAUGGUCGCAGCCUUUGA